UAAACAUAUUAAUUCCUCUAUAAAUUACUGGAACCACCAUCAUAAUUCACCGCCAUUGUUUUGUGAUGAUCUUUGAGCGAGAUUGUUUAUACGAUUUGUGAACUCAUUACCACCGUGCAGUCUCUUCACUAUUGCAAUCAUUUCACAUCUGAAAAGACUGAAAUGCUACUUAUUCUAAAAUAUUACGUGACUUGAGCUACCAGGCACCUGGAACGCUCUUUGAGAUUGAAGUUACUAACAUCUUUCAUUAGCUUGGAAUUUGUAAUUAUACACAAUGCCUCGAUCAUCAACCACUCAAUCGUCUGCGCUAAAAAACGACUUGAUUUGAUCUUCACCGAGCGCACACGUGUUCUUUUUGCCACUAGCAGACGUUGAUUGCUGAAUUGUGAAACGUUAAGAUGGAAUUAUUUGGAAUAAAUUUGACGGCUGGUCGAGAGACCUACGUCGUAGGCGAUGUCAUCAGCGGAGAGGUGAUCAUACAAUCUAGCAAGGAUGAAGUCAUCGAAGAUUUAGUGGUCUCGAUCUGUGGAAUAGCUCACGUAGAGUGGAAGAAAUGUUUUACAAAGUAUCAGGAAACGGAGUCAUAUUACAACGUGAAGAAGACACUGAUAGAUGUGACGUCAGCUAGAAAGGAAAGGAAACUUUCACGACGGGUUCCGUGGGUGAAGUAUUUCGAGUUGGACGUACCCGAGGACACUUUCCCACCGAACUUUUACAGCGACCAUGGGUACAUUCGUAAUGACGUCACAGUGACGUUGAAAUUGAAGGGCGGAAAAGAACAUGUUACAUCACGACCUUUCAAAAUCAUUGAUGUGACGUCAUUAGCAACGCACUUUGAAGAUAGCCAGAGAUCAUGUAGUCAGGUGUCAUCAUUUAGAUCAUCUACUCAGUCUUGGACUCGAAUACGUCUCCCUGCCCAUAUUUUGCCAUGUGAGGGCGAUAGUUCAGUUGUGAAGAUAGGAUUUGAGUGCUCACCUGGUUAUUGCAAAGAUGAGAUUGAUUUGAUCCAGAGGAUAGAUUACAGAGUGAACGAAGUAAACGUAUUCACCAAAUACUCUGUCAUCAACUGCAACGGAACCAGGAGACAGAGUGGUGGUGACGUCACAUGGACUGAGCUGAUCGUUCCAAAGAAGCAACUGCCAAUCAUACACCACUGUCGGCUUAUCUCUGUCAGAUAUUAUCUAAAGAAAUCUCCAAUCAAAUCUGACAAGUUCUCGUGGUUACCGCUAAGCUGGCAACGGGGCCCAGAAAUCCUGAUCAUAAACUCUCUACACAGAUAAAACCAAGUUUACUUGAAAACGACGCUGUCUGUAA